GUCCCUUGCCACAAAACUGGACGAAGGCCCGCCUCUGGAAGAAAGCAGUCAAUUUGGAUUGGUUUCCAUUAGAUGUCACUCAACUACAUUUCCAUCCAUCUAGAAACUUGGGAUAAGCGAUUCGUCAGACCGGGUUACGUCUGCACGAAGUAUCUCCUCCCUCUGCUUUCAGUGACCUGCCAAAUUGAGUGGACGACACUGUACUUCGAAAGUGUAGACACUUGAUUGUUAACAAAGGCUUUGCUCCAAAGGUGUUUCGGAGAGUUGGGUCAUAUUUAUGAUACAGACAGUUCGGUAGUUUACCUUAGCUAGCCAGCACACGGCUAGCUGGCUAGCCAUUACACGGCAGCUGCUGGUUAGCAAGUCAGCUAGCGCUCCAGCCCCAGUGAGUUCGAAUUACUCCAAGAAAACUACUCAGCAGUUUGAUAGUUCAAGACUCCAAGAAGUGCUACAGUACAAUCAGCAAAUAUGAGGAUAAUGCUGGAUUUCGAGGAAUGUCUUAAAGACUCUCCACGAUUCAGGGCUACAAUAGAGGAGGUGGAGGGGGACGUGGGUGAGCUGGAGACGAAGCUGGACAAGUUGGUGAAACUAUGUAUUGGAAUGAUUGAUGCUGGAAAGGCCUACAAUGCAGCCAACAAGCAGUUUGUGAAUGGCAUCCGAGAGCUCGCACAGCAGUCUACCAAAGAUGAGGUCAUCGAGUCAAGCCUGACAAAGUUUGCUGAAACCCUGCAGGAAAUGAUCAACUAUCACACAAUUCUGUUUGACCAAGCUCAAAGAUCAAUCAAGUCCCAACUGCAGACGUUUAUAAAGGAAGACCUGCGCAAAUUCAAGGACGCCAAGAAACAGUUUGACAAGGUGAGCGAGGAGAAGGAGGCAGCGUUGACCAAGAAUGCCCAGGCGCCACGCAACAAGCAGCACGAGGUGGAGGAGGCCACCAGCAUCCUCACCGCCACACGCAAGUGCUUCAGGCACAUCGUCCUCGACUAUGUCUUACAGAUCAAUGUACUUCAAUCCAAAAGAAGAUCGGAAAUCCUUAAAUCGAUGCUGUCCUUCAUGUAUGCCCACCUGACGUUCUUCCAUCAGGGCUACGACCUGUUUAGUGAGCUGCAGCCCCUGAUGAAGCAGCUAGGGGGACAGCUGGACCAGCUGGUAGUGGAUGCAGCCAAGGACAAGAGGGACAUGGAGCUCAAGCACUCCACCAUCCAGCAGAAGGACUUUUCGAAUGACGACACCAAGCUGGAGUACAAUGUGGAUGCCGAGAAUGGAAUCGCCAUGGAGGGCUACCUCUUCAAGAGAGCCAGUAAUGCUUUCAAAACAUGGAACAGGAGAUGGUUCUCAAUUCAAAACAAUCAGCUAGUCUAUCAGAAGAAAUUUAAGGACGUGCCCACGGUGGUGGUGGAGGACUUGAGGCUGUGCACGGUGAAGCACUGCGAGGACAUCGAGAGACGCUUCUGCUUCGAGGUCGUCUCACCCACCAAGAGCUGCAUGCUGCAGGCGGACUCUGAGAAGUUGCGGCAGGCCUGGGUCAAGGCAGUCCAGAACAGCAUCGCCACCGCCUUCAGGGAGAAGGGAGACGACUCGGAGAAGCUGGACAGGAAGUCUUCCACGUCGACGGGCAGCCUGGACUCGGGUGGGGAGCCGAAGGAGAAGGUCCUGAAGGGGGACAGUGCCUUGCAGAAGGUUAUGGCCAUCGCAGGCAACACGGCCUGCUGCGACUGCGGCCAGCCCGACCCACGCUGGGCCAGCAUCAACCUGGGCAUCACGCUCUGCAUACAGUGCUCUGGCAUACACAGGAGUCUGGGAGUGCACUUCUCCAAGGUUAGAUCUCUCACCUUGGACACAUGGGAACCGGAGCUACUGAAGCUGAUGUGUGAGCUCGGGAACGGCGUGAUUAAUCAGAUCUAUGAGGCUCGGAGAGAAGAGCUGGGUGCCAGGAAGCCCCACCCCGGAGACCCCAGACAUGAAGUCGAGGCCUACAUCAAGGCCAAGUAUGUGGACCGGCGCUUCGUGCGGCGGCCGUCGGACGACGAGCUGAAGCUGAAGGUGGUGAGCCUGAGCAAGCAGGAGAAGCGGCUUAGCAACAACUCCGACCCGCCCACCCCCAAAGCACCGCCCCCCACCCCCAAACAGAGGCCUUCUUCUGGUGCGUCAGUAAAGAGCGAGGACAGCGGCAUCCAGAACAGUGCUGACGGGAGCAGAGAGAUGCUGGCCAACACUGCCUCCACCAACAGCCUGAAUGACACAGAAGCAGCAGCGGAGGCCGAGUCGGAGGCUGCUUCGUGCUGUGCGGAUGUGUGUAAGGAGCAGGUGGUGUUCACGGAGCCUAAGGAGUACUCCCCGGGCCUGCAGCUGUACUGGGCCUCCUGCGCCCGCAGCCUACCAGACAUGGCCCAGGCCCUGGCACACGGGGGAGAGGUCAACUGGAUCAACGCAGACGAUGACAAGAGGACGCCGCUCAUCAUGGCUGUGCAAGGGGGCUCUCUGGUGACGUGUGAGUUCCUGCUCCAGAACGGGGCGAGUGUGAACCAGCAGGACGUACACGGCAGAGGACCCCUGCACCAUGCCACCAUCCUGGGCCACACGGGGCAAGUGUGUUUAUUCCUAAAACGAGGAGCCAAUCAGAACGCUGCAGACAUCGAUGACAAGACGCCGCUAACCAUCGCGGUGGAGGCGGCCAACGCUGACAUAGUCACGCUGUUGCGGCUGGCCAAGAUGAACGAUGAGAUGCGCGAGGCGGAGGGCCCUUACAGCCAGUCAGGAGAUGAAACUUAUCAGGACAUUUUCCAAGACUUCUCCCAGAUGGCAUCAAACGACCCCGACAAGUUGAACCGAUUCCAACCACAUGACUCCUCCAAGCAGUGAGAGAGGGGGAGAGAUAGAGAGAGGAGAGAGUCAUGGGAGCAGAAUGGGCCGGUUGAGACACACAGCACAGGUGUGUGCACACGUGUGUCUUCCGGCACCUUCUGGUGUCUACAGAGAGCUGUGCUCCUGUCUUUACCUUGUUUUUGGGGGGGGGCUUGGAUCUCCAUGGUGAUGAUGACUACCUAUGAUCUGACCUGGAUGAACUGCAUAAAUUAUUUUGUACUUUUUUUUCCUCAAGAAUUCUGGGGAUGUUUUGUUUUUGUGGUUGUAUUUUUUUUCCUGAAAACACAUCGUAUAAGAUUGGACAUUUCGAUUGAGACUUCUAGAGACUGGUGCUCUUCUGAGAGGGCUCCACCAUCGCACACAUUUCAGGAGGCUUUACGAUGUCAAUCCUCAGAAUGACACAGAUCAUGUUUUUUUUUUUUUAAGAUUCUGAAGCAGGUGUGACGUCGUGCAUAUCUCAAGAUAUUUUAAGUGGGAAAAUGUGAGUUGAAAAUGAACGCUCACCUCCAGUGGGGUUCUGUCCACCAAUCAGAUAGAGAGAUGGGUGCAUGAAUUGAUAGUUUCUCUCUGAACGUUCUGGUGGAUUUUACGUUCAGUCAGUUUUUCCCCCCAGCUCUCCGUUCCAAAGGAUUGAAACGUGAGAAUAUCCAGUAUUAUACCGUUUUGCAUAGAGACGGAUUACCUAAUAGAUUUUUAGAACAUCAUAACCUUGAGCUGUCUACCAACCACUCAUGAAACUGGUUGAAAUUUGUGUUUGGUCACAUUUUACAACAUGUUGUCGUUAAGCUCUUUAGAGGGAGAGAAAAGGGAGAAAGGCUGUAAAACAUUGACUGAAACCCUGUAGUCAAGUUUCUAUGCAUAAAAAAAACCUGGUUUUAUGGUUUAAUAAAUAGCAUUUUGACCGAACACAGGCUUGCUGACUCACCAGUGGUGGGACAUUUGGCGAGUGACAUAAAUUGACCAAGGCUAAACAUAAUAUAUUAAACCUAAUCACUCUGCAGUGCAUCAUCAUUGUGGCGGCCUUUUAAAAACCCCAUGUUUAAAUAUUUCAGACGGUAUGUGUCUGUAUUUGUAGCAAAACUGCCGGUAAAAGCAGAGCAAAAAGCCCUCUGUGUGUAAUACCUGCUUUGAAACUAGCCGCAGCUCUCUACAUGAACCAGGCAGAUAAUGUAUACUUUAUCCCAAUACGUCUGUGUCAACCUCUGCCUCUCUCUUUCAUCUGUGAAAAUUCCUGUGAUUAUUCUUGGAUGUCCUCCAAAAAUGUGUGAACGUAUGCAAACAUGAAUCCUCAUUGCUCCAUAGAGCAUGGAGACAUGAGGGGUGUACAGCUGUAUAGAAGCAUAUAAACAAUAUGCAUUAGAUAGCUUUUUGUUUUUAAAUGAAGACUUAGUGGUACUUGAAUCAUUUAAAUAAGCUUGUACGUCUUUAUGUUGCUCUUAUUUUAUUUUAUUUUUAUUGUAAUUUUUUUUGUCGUUCUUCUUGUUUUGUACCGAAACCCCCCCAAUACUCCAUAAUUAUCAAUAUGAAUCAUGUCAUUUUUAAGAGGAAUAUUAUAUAUAGCAAAAUAUAGGUCUAAACACAGAAUGUUGGACUGGUAUUUUCUGUAUGAUUUUAUAAAAGCAUUUUUUUCUGUUGGCAUUAAU